AUGAUGACAGCCAUGGGCGGAAGUGACCUGAACAAGCCGACGGGUGACCUCAACCAAGCUGAGCGAGGGGAGAUGCCAGUUGUGCAGGGUAUCCCAGUCGUUGGCCCAAGUCCCGGCGUUGUGGGCGCACCCCAGCUCGCAGCCCCAGCUGUCUUCGCACUGCAUCCGGACGAGCUUGUCGUCUUAAACUACCGAGUGGCUGUCAUGUGCUUUGCCUUCAUCAACCUUCUGACCAUCGUGCUGAACAUUGUAACCGCAAUCAUGGACAGGGACAGAUUCCUUUGGGAUCCUAGUUGGGGCUCCUGGCCAGUGGUCGUUGCAGGAGUGAUUUUCACGUUUGGCCCCAUCUGUGGCUUCAUCGGUGCAAGAUACCUUAGGCUUGGCCUUGUGACUGUGUAUCUCGGGUUCAGCUGUCUGCACACCGCCAGCCAGAUAGCCUGUGCAAUUUACAGCUUCUGGCUAGGAGCUGUAUUCUUUGCUUUCAUACAGGUUUGGCUGACGAAGAUCGUGGCCACCUUCUGGUAUUGUCUGAGCACGGUGCAGCUUGAGCGGCGCAGUCAGCUGCUGGACCACAAAAGCGCAGAUGUGCACAUUGUGUAUUGGUGA